AUGUCUAAUACCACUGAACUUAAUAUGAUCGACAAUUCAAAUGAGUGGAUUAAUUGGAUCGAAGAAUCUAUUGCGAAAAAACAAAUUAAAUAUUAUGACUAUAAUCAUUUUAAUAAUAUACAAGAAGUUGGUUUUGAAAACCGGAGCAACAAUUCAAAAAAAUAUUUUUUAGUGAUGGAAUAUGCCAAUAAUGGUACCCUUCGAAACUAUUUAAAUGGAUGUUUUAAAAAUCUUACUUGGAAUGACAAAUUAAAUCUAGCAUUUCAGUUAGCUAAUGCUAUAUUAUUCUUGCAUGAUGAAGGGAUUGUGCAUCGUGAUUUGCACUCCAAUAACGUAUUAGUUCACAAGGAUACCGUUAAAUUAGCUGAUUUUGGAUUAUCAAAAAGGAUUGAAGAAUCAUCUAAUAUUCAAUCAAAAUUAUUUGGAAUGGUUACUUAUGUUGAUCCACAAAUAUUUAAUAGAAAAAGAGAUAGCAACAACCAAAUACAAUUAUAUUCGUUGAAUAAAAAGAGUGAUGUUUACAGUAUUGGCAUACUCUUGUGGGAAAUAUCUAGUGGGCGGCCACCUUUUUGUAAUGAACCAUAUGAUGUUGGUUUGGCUAUGGAAAUAUUACAUGGUCUUAGAGAGAAACCUAUUCCCAAUACACCCGAUGAUUAUAUAAAAAUAUAUACUGAUUGCUGGAAUAAUGAACCAGAUAAUCGUC